GGAGCGACAGGUCUCGGACCCUCAGGCGGAGCGGGCGGGCGCCUGACCCCCAGGCGGAGCGACAGGUCUCGGGCCCUUAGGCGGAACGACAGGUCUCGAGCCCUUAGGCGGAACGACAGGUCUCAGGCCCCCAGGCGGGGCGGCGGGCACCGAGUCACCAGGCACAACCGUGGGCUCCGAGUCAACUGGGAUGACCGCUGGCACUGGGUCAGACAUUGGAUCGUCUGGCUGGACAGCGGGCACUGGGUCACCAGGCAUCAGGUCAUUUGGCUCGACAGCGGGCACCGCGUCAUCUGGCAAGGCAGUGGGCUCCGAGUCAACAGGCACGACAGUGAGCACCGGGUCAUCAGGUACCGGAUUGUCUGGCUCGACAGCGGGCAUCGGGUCACUAGGCAUCAGGUCAUUUGGCUCGACAGCGGGCACCGCGUCAUCUGGCAAGGCAGUGGGCUCCGAGUCAACAGGCACGACAGUGAGCACCGGGUCAUCAGGUACCGGAUUGUCUGGCUCGACAGCGGGCAUCGGGUCACUAGGCAUCAGGUCAUUUGGCUCGACAGCGGGCACCGGAUCAGGUACCGGAUCAUCUGGAUCAACAGCGGGCAUCGAGUCAACUGGCCU